AUGGGUCCAGGCGGCGGAGGCAAUAUUAAGGUGGUGGUUCGGGUGCGGCCUUUCAACAGCCGAGAAAUCGAACGUGGUGCAAAAUGCAUUGUAUCAAUGAAAGGCGCCCAGACGGUGAUCAACCAACCGCCUGGCGUUCAGGAUAGCUCACGAAAAGGUGGCAAGGGUGGUGUUGAAGGUCCAAAGACCUUCGCCUUUGAUCGAUCGUACUGGUCAUUCGACAAGAACUCUCCCAACUAUGCCGGACAGGACAACCUCUUUGAUGAUUUGGGUACACCACUGCUAGACAAUGCCUUUGGCGGUUACAACAACUGUAUCUUUGCGUAUGGCCAGACAGGUUCUGGAAAGUCAUAUUCGAUGAUGGGAUAUGGAAAAGAGUAUGGUGUCAUCCCCCGUAUCUGCCAAGAUAUGUUUGAGCGGAUUACCCAGAUCCAACAGGACAAGCUUCUCAAUUGCACGGUGGAAGUCUCAUAUCUAGAAAUUUACAACGAACGAGUGCGCGAUUUGCUCAACCCGUCCAAUAAGGGUAACCUGAAGGUCCGUGAGCAUCCUUCGACUGGUCCAUAUGUCGAGGAUCUGGCCAAGUUGGUGGUACGGUCCUUUGAUGAAAUUGAAAACUUGAUGGACGAAGGAAACAAAGCACGAACGGUAGCUGCGACGAACAUGAACGAAACAUCCAGUCGAUCUCACGCCGUCUUUACUUUAACGCUGACGCAAAAACGUCACGAUUCGGAGACUUCCAUGGAUACCGAAAAAGUGUCAAAGAUCAGUCUGGUUGAUUUGGCAGGUUCAGAGAGAGCCAAUUCUACUGGAGCUACGGGCGCCCGACUGAAAGAAGGUGCAGAGAUUAAUCGUUCUCUAUCCACACUGGGUCGUGUCAUUGCAGCCCUGGCCGACGUGGCUGUUGGAAAGAAGAAGAAUGCUUCCAUGGUUCCUUACCGUGAUUCUAUUCUCACUUGGUUACUGAAAGAUUCUCUGGGUGGUAAUUCUAUGACCUCCAUGAUUGCAGCCAUCUCUCCUGCGGAUAUCAACUUCGAAGAAACCCUGGGUACGCUACGGUACGCUGAUUCGGCGAAAAGAAUCAAGAAUCACGCUGUAGUGAACGAAGACCCGAACGCUCGUAUGAUCCGCGAGCUGAAGGAGGAACUGGCCCAGCUGCGUUCAAAGCUCGGCGGCGGUCCUGGUGGCACCGGGGCCGCUGGUGGAUUACCAGGCGAAGAAUCGUACCCGCCUGACACACCCCUGGAAAAACAGAUGGUUUCUAUUCACCAGGCUGAUGGUUCCGUCAAAAAGGUUAGCAAGGCCGAGAUUGUGGAGCAGCUCAACCAAAGUGAGAAGCUGUACAAGGACCUCAACCAGACCUGGGAGGAGAAAUUACAAAAAACGGAAGAAAUCCACAAGGAGCGUGAGGCUGCCUUGGAAGAGCUUGGUAUCAACAUCGAAAAGGGAUUCAUUGGACUGAGUACGCCAAAGAAGAUGCCUCAUUUGGUCAACCUUAGUGAUGAUCCCCUGCUAGCAGAAUGCUUGGUUUACAAUAUCAAACCAGGAACCACGACUGUGGGACAUAUGGACCAAGGAAACAGUGUGGAGAUUCGAUUGAACGGCUCUAAGAUUCUUUCCAAGCACUGUACUUUCGAAAACGUGGACAAUGUUGUGACAAUUGUUCCUACUGAAGGUGCUGCGGUAAUGGUCAAUGGUAUGCGGGUUGAUAAGCCCAAGCGUCUCAAGAGUGGUUUUCGCAUCAUCUUGGGUGAUUUCCACAUCUUCCGUUUCAAUCACCCACAAGAGGCUCGUGCCGAACGAGUUGAACAGAGCUUAUUACGACACUCUGUGACAACCAGCCAAUUAGGUUCGCCCGCACCCAACAAAACCCAUGACCGCAAUAUGAGCAAAACUGGGUCCGAAAUCGACGGAGACUCCAGUAGGGCGGAUUCUCCAAUGCCAUCGCAACGGGGCCGAGAAUCGGAUUGGUUCCUUGCUCGAAGAGAGGCGGUAGGUGCCAUGCUUGGACCAGAUCAUAUCUCCCAUUUGCCAGAUGACGAGCUUGAUGCUUUGCUCGAAGGUGUACAGAAGGCCCGAGCAGAGCGUCGCGGGUUGCCCGAGAACGAAGAGGACUCAGACUCCCUCAGCUCCUUCCCCGUGCGUGACAAGUACAUGUCCAAUGGCACUAUCGACAAUUUCUCACUCGACACUGCCAUAACAAUGCCGGGGACGCCCCAUCAGAAUGGCGACGAGGAAGGAGCCACUGGUGGCGUUUCUCUAAACUCAGUUCGUCAAGACAUGCAGCGUCAAUUAGAUCGACAAAGAGAGGAGUUUCAUGAUAAGCUUAAGAUCGCUGAAGAUUCUUCCAACCAAGACCCUGCUGAAAUUCGGACCGAGCAGCAGCGUAUGGAGGACGCACUCAGGUUUGCCAAGGAAGACUACGAGGAGCAGCUGAGAGUUCAGAAGGAGGAGUUUGAAACACAAAUGCGAGACAUGGGCAAGCCAGUUCCGCAAAUCUAUGAAAAUGGGUUCGCCAAACUAGACGAACGGGAGCUUGAAAUCGCCAAAUCCGUCUUCCGUCACUGGUCCAAACGCAAUUAUGUCCGCAUGGCUGAAAAAAUACUGCAGCACGCAUCCCUCAUCAAGGAAGCGCAGAUCAUGAGCCACAUCAUGGACAAGAAUGUGGUCUUCCAGUUUGCUAUCGUUGAUCAUGGCCAUAAUAUGGCCUCGUCUUACGACCUUGUCCUGAAUGGAAUUUCUGGUGAUGACGAUAUCGUGCUAGAAGAGGCCAAGAAACCGUGUGUUGGCAUCCGGGUAAUUGAUUAUAAGCAGCGUGUCAUCCACCUCUGGUCGAUUGAAAAGCUUCAACGCCGCGUGCAAUCCAUGCGCCAACUACACCAGUACAUUGACAGGCCCGACUAUAUCCAGCACUUUAAACUCGAAAAUCCAUUUUCGGACCCGUGUUCCCCACAAUACUCUCUCAUUGGUGACACAGAUAUCCCCCUGACCGCUGUUUUCGAGACACGCGUGCAAGAUUUCUCUGUUGAGAUCACUUCGCCUUAUACCCAGAGUGUUGUUGGGAUCAUCCGAUUGUCCCUGGAACCAUCAUCCGCGGAGGCCCCUUCAUCCACAUUGAAAUUUAAUGUGGUCAUGCGGGAUAUGGUUGGCUUUGCUGAGUGGGAAGGGACGGAAGUACAUGCACAGCUCUUCGUUCCUGGAAUCUCCGAGGAAGGAGGGGCUACCACCACACAAAUGAUAAGUGGAUUUGAAGAGAGCCCAGUACGGUUUGAAAGCGUGCAUAGUAUGAGCCUGCCGCUGUCAAGCCCGCGAACCGCCGCCCUCAAGGUCUGUGUUUACGCUCGCGUGACACCGGUACAUCUGGACAAGCUCCUGAGCUGGGAUGACAUGCGCGAUUCAGCCGACGUCACAUCCCAGAAGCGAACUGCUCCUCGGAUUGCAGAAUCAGAAUUCUACUCGGAAGAAAGACACGACGUUUUUGCGAGAAUUCAGAUUCUCGAGCUUGCAGAGUCUGGUGAAUAUUUACCGGUAGAGGUUGUUCAGAGUACUAAUCUCGAUGCCGGCACCUAUCAGCUUCACCAGGGUCUGCAGCGUCGCGUCUCCAUCAACCUCACCUAUAGUUCCACCGAGAGCCUCCCAUGGGAUGACAUCACCAAUGCUCGCGUGGGUUCUGUUCGUCUUCUGGAUCCGUGGGGUAAGAUCCCUGACCAGGAUUUACAAACUCCGGAUGUUCCCCUCAAGUUCCUUCAAGAACCCAUGGUAAAGGACAAUGCCGAUGGAACCUCCAAUGUCACGAUCAUAGGCCAGUGGGAUUCGAGUUUACACGGCUCCUUGCUGCUUGAUCGAGUCACCGCAGACAAAUACCGAGUUCAGGUCACAGUGCGCUGGGAUCUCAUAUCUUCUCGCCUGCAAGCCCCUGUUGUGUUCGAGGUCGAUCAAACAGUCCAAAUUCUUGGACGUACAUAUGUCCGCCAGCAAUCCAUGUUCAAACAACUGUGGAGCUCUAUUCGAGUUGUCCACUCGACCACUCGCAUGUAUUCCUUGGUCAUUCGACCGAUUUCCGCCAAGCGAGCCGCUGACCUUUGGCGAAUGAACACUCAGAAUGACUAUGUCAAAGGUGAAGAGCUCUUGACAGCAUGGGCGGCCCGCAAAGUGUCCCUGGUUCGGGAUUAUAUUGCAGCUCGCAAACAUCGAUACCGUGUAGCCGAAUUGCAGGCUGCUCGAGGUGCUCUCAGCGCUGGUAGCCUAGUGGCAUCAUCUGCGAGGGGCAGUGGCCGAUCUACACCUAUGAGGAACCAAGACCUCAACGAGCGGAAAACUAAACUUCUCCGCAAGUACAUUGAUCUCUGGCCGACCAAAAAAGACCCCACGGAGACUAUCCUCGUUGGCAGCAAUACUGAACCUCCCACCGAUGGCGCGCAGACUAGAUCGAACGGGGCCAACAACACAUCUGACAAGAUGUCCUUGAAGCCUCGCUUUGUGGCUACCAUUCAAACCUUACCCAAGAAUGCAUCCGCCCUAAAGUCAGGACAUGUCCUGACACCGGACGAUACAAACAGUGUCUGGGUUCGCCGAUUUGUGGAGCUUCGCCGGCCGUAUCUCCACAUCUACUCGGUCCCUGAUGGAGAUGAAAUAAACGCCAUAAACUUGCGCAACUCUCGCGUCGACCAUGCGCCUGACUUUGCCCGCCUUUUGGAUGGCUCCGGAGCCGGUACCGACCGCUCAUUAUCUGCUAAAGGACGUCCCAAUAUUUUUGCCGUCUAUGGAACGCAGAAUACCUACCUCUUUGCGACACGCACCGAGGCUCAAAAAGUAGAGUGGAUCCUCAAGAUCGACGAAAGCUACUUUAGCAGCAACGGCGGUAGUGCGGUUGCAAGUGGUGAUGAGCGAUAA